GUGCUGAUCCAGUGGUUACAGCAUUCGAGUGCCACACUUCGAGACGCACAGCGAAAACAAACCAGGAUUUACACUCCGUAUCAGGACUAUAAACUACAAAAACCCAAACCAAACAUAAUGAAGGUGUUCAUCGUACUCUGCGCCCUGGUGGCCUGUGUAUCGGCAGGAGUGGUGCGAUCCUCGGGCUGGGGAUCGAAUCCUUGGGGCAGCAGCAGCUCCGGAUGGAACAGUGGCUGGGUGGCCCAGCCGCAGGUCAUCAAGGUGAUAAAGAUCGGAGGAGGCGGCGGCGGCGGCUCUGCAUGGGGAGGAAACGCCGGAUGGGGCGGUAACUCUGGAUGGGGUGGCAACUCUGGCUGGAGCAGCGGCAAUUCCGGAUGGGGCGGCAACUCUGGAUGGGGUGGCAACUCUGGCUGGAGCAGCGGCAACUCCGGAUGGAACAGCAAUGGGUGGUCCAGUUCCAGCUCCAAUAGUGGCUGGUGGUAAAGAAUCGAGGAGAUACCGUCUCUAGAACACGCAACCCAAACCCAAACCCAACUCCAAUCCCAAUCCCAAUCCCGAUCCCGAUCCCCUCUCUCCGCACCUGGUUCACAAUCCGCACGUUUUUGUAACAUAGUUUUUAAGUACCUUUUUUUUGUGUAACAAAUAAAUAAAUGAAUAAAUCAAAGGCA